CAUGUACCGUUUUUCCUUCCCCAUUGGCUCAGUAUCUCUCUGCGUCUUCUUCGUGGCAGUCUGUCACCGGAAAUUUUAUCCUCUUCAUCUACCACCAAAAACGAGACAUUCCUUGCUCGUAGUGUCCUUUGGGCCUGUGGAAUUCGUUGCUCUUAAAAGGCUUUUAGCUGUUGUCUUUGAGUUUUUCUCGUUCAUCUUAAAGCUUUCUUUUAGCUAAAACACAAUGACUGUCGCUGAUAUGUCAAACGGUGAAACUACCACGAGCACUGAAACUGUAAACCCUUUGCAGGCUGCAGAGGAGUUCAAAGCUCGUGGAAACGAGUUUUACAAAUUGGGUAGUUUCCAGGAAGCAGUUGAGUUUUAUACGAAGGCAAUUGAACAAGGUCCUACUGCAAACCAGGCUAUUUACUAUUCCAACCGUGCGGCAGCUUAUAGCCAAAUGGGUGAAUACGAAUUGGCCCUACAGGACGCUCGUCGAUCGGAUAGACUUGCUCCAGGUGUUCCUAAAACAGCACAUAGAAUUGCUCAGGCGCAAGAGAGUAUCUCAAUUUACAAUGAAGCGCUCGUGUACCUGGAGCACAAUCAGCCUGGACUUUCCUUAAAUGCUUUGGAUCGUCUUGAGCGUAGAUUGCAUCCUAAGGCUCGCCGACCUGUUUCUUGGGAGCUGCUGAAGGCUCGUAUUUGUCUGGCUCAGAAGGAUUACGGCCAAGCACAAAAAGUUGUCCUCAGUUUGCUGCGUGAAAAUUCUAGGAACGUUGAAGCCUUGGUCAUCCGUGGCCUUGUAUUCUAUUAUACCGGUGAAAGCCAGAAGGCACUUACUCAUUUUCAGGAGGCCCUCAAGCUUGAUCCCGACAGCAGUACAGCUAGAAAGUUCUUCAAGCUGAUUCGGUCGCUUGAGUCGACAAAAUCUCAAGGCAAUGCUUCGUUCAAAGCUGGUGAUUAUGAAAAGGCAUACCAGCUGUACACAAAUGCUCUUGAAAUUGAUCCUGAAAAUAAGGAUACGAAUGCUAAACUCUACAUGAACCGAGCCACUGUUCUGCUUAAAUUGAAGCGCCCUGAAGAGGCUAUUGUUGACAGUGAUGCCGCUAUUCGUUUGGAUAGUACUUAUUUGAAGGGCUAUAAGGUCAGAGCCAAGGCUCAUGAAAUGCUCGAGGACUGGGAGGCAGCUAUCAACGAUAUCAAAUCCGCUGUCGAAAUCGAUGGUACGGACGCCAGUUUACGCAAUGAGCUUCGUCGUCUUGAUUUGGAGUUAAAGAAGUCGAAGCGUAAGGAUCAUUACAAGGUAUUGGGCGUUUCGAAAUCGGCUUCCGACUCGGAAAUCAAAAAAGCAUUCCGUAAGAAGGCACUUCAAUUUCAUCCAGAUAAAAACCCCGACAAUAAAGAAGCUGAAGCUCGCUUUAAAGAGGUUAAUGAAGCUUACUCUAUUCUGUCAGACCCUCAGAAGAAGUAUCGUUAUGACAGCGGUGCGGAUUUAGAAGGCAUGGAGGGCGGUUCUGGAAUGGGCGGCGGAAUGGAUCCGUUCGACAUACUUCGCGCCUACCAAAGUGCUGGCUCGGGCUUUGGAGGUAGUCCGUUUUCUGGUUUCUCUGGUGGUUUCCCCGGUGGUGGAUUCUCUAAUGCUAACUUUUCCUUUUAAGAAAUCAAUUAAAAAAGCCUCGGCUCUAUCACUGUUGUAAACAUAGUGACACACGUCUUUAAGCUUGUUGACUAUCUUCAUUAAUUUGUUUUCUUUACUACCGUUGCCUGACCUUCGUUAUACAUAGACAAUGAAUUCCGUAUCGUUUAUUUGUGUGUAUUCUGAACUAGCGUAUAGUUUAGUGAAAGCAUCAGCAUGUACCGUUCUGUUG